UGGAUUGAACUUUUGCAUUUGGAAUCUUGGAUUUAGUGUUUGACACUAUGUUCCACUUAUCAUUAUAAGUAAUACUUUUAUUCUCUUCAUUUGAAAUUCGAAAGUGAAACAGUUUUUGCUGUCCUGACCUUUUGUUCCUAUUGAAUUCUUGCAAGUUUAAGGCUUUGUCGUUCUGGGAUCUUUUAUAAAUAUGAAGGGCCUUUUGUUCUUUAACAUGUUGGUCCUUUUUGCUGUCCUUUGCUUCUGUGGUCAUGUCAUGGCUAAGGAGUGCACAAACAUUCCUACUCAACUAUCAAGCACACUUCAAGGCCAGCUCUUUGAUUCCGGGAGCAAGCGUAAAAUCCAUUUGACACCAACUGACAAUUCCGCUUGGUCAAGUUUGGCAUCCGGUGACGUAGAUAGAUACAGCUGGGAUAUGUUGUAUCAUAAAAUGAAAAAUCAAGCUGUGUUUAAUGUGUCCACUGGCUUUCUCCAGGAAGUGUCAUUGCAUGAUGUGAGAUUGGGUCCAAAUUCAAUACAUGCGCAAGCACAGCAAACGAACUUGGAGUACCUAUUGAUGUUGGAUGUGGAUAGCUUGGUUUGGAACUUCAGGAAGACAGCCGGUUUGCCAACACCUGGGAAGCCAUAUGGGGGGUGGGAAGACCCAAGUGAAGAACUUCGGGGUCAUUUUGUAGGGCAUUACAUGAGUGCAACAGCACGAAUGUGGGCUAGCACUCACGAUGACACUAUUAAACAGAGAAUGACAGCAUUAGUGUCUGCUUUAGCUGCAUGCCAAAACAAAAUUGGCAACGGAUAUCUUUCUGCUUUUCCCGCUGAGCAAUUUGAUCGUGUUGAAGCUAUAAAACCUGUUUGGGCUCCAUAUUACACAAUUCACAAGAUCUUGACAGGCUUACUUGAUCAACAUACCAUUGGUGAAAAUGCCCAAGCUUUAAAAAUGGUGACAUGGAUGGUUGACUAUUUUUACAACCGUGUUCAGAAUGUGGUAACACAGUUCAGUUUAGAAAGGCACUAUCUAUCACUUAAUACAGAAUCUGGUGGCAUGAAUGAUGUUCUUUACAGGUUAUAUAGCAUUACGAAUGAUCCAAAGCAUUUAUUAUUGGCCCAUCUAUUUGACAAACCCUGCUUUCUAGGAGUGCUUGCACUACAGGCUGAUGACAUAGGUGGCUUUCAUUCCAACACACAUAUCCCAAUUGUUAUUGGAUCUCAAAUGCGGUAUGAAGUAAUUGGUGAUCCUCUUCAUAAGGCAAUAGGGACGUACUUCAUGGACAUUAUUAACUCUUCACACAGCUAUGCCACAGGAGGGACAUCAAACUCAGAAUUCUGGGGUAACCCGAAGCGAUUAGCAGAUACUCUGGGCACAGAGAAUGAAGAAUCAUGCACAACUUAUAACAUGCUGAAGGUCUCUCGCCACCUGUUUACAUGGACCAAAGAAGUGGCAUACGCAGAUUAUUACGAGCGUGCCUUGACAAAUGGUGUUCUAAGCAUCCAGAGAGGAACAAAUCCGGGAGUGAUGAUUUACAUGCUCCCACUAGGUCGUGGAGUUUCCAAGGCCAAAAGCUACCAUGGAUGGGGAACACCAUUUAACUCUAUGUGGUGCUGCUAUGGAACAGCAACUGAAUCAUUCUCAAAGUUAGGAGAUUCAAUAUAUUUCGAAGAGAAAGGAAAGGGUCCUGUUCUUUACAUAAUCCAGUACAUAUCAAGCUCACUUAAUUGGGAAUCUGGACAAAUUGUGCUCAAUCAGACAGUUAAUCCAGUUGUCUCCUCGGAUCCAUUCCUUCGAGUGACAUUCACAUUUUCUUCAAAGGAGGGGGCAGGCCAAUCUACCCUGAACUUGAGGAUACCAUCUUGGACAAACAAUGCUAAGGCAUCAAUAAAUACUCAGAGUUUGACUGUACCCGCUCCAGGUAAUUACCUAUCAGUAACUAGGAACUGGGGACCUGGUGACAAAUUAACACUUGAGCUGCCCAUUAGUUUGAGAACAGAAGCUAUUGAAGAUGACCGGCCUACUUAUGCUUCUCUUAAUGCAAUACUUUUUGGCCCCUAUCUACUUGCGGGUCACACCACGGGUGAUGGGGACAUCAAAACUGGAAAAGUAAAGUCCAUUUCAGACUGGAUAACUCCAAUCCCUGCUGCCUACAAUGCUUAUCUGGCUUCUUUUUCCCAAGUGUCUGGAACCUCAAAUCUUGUCUUAGCCCACUCAAACCAAUCAAUUGCAAUGUUACCAUCACCUCCUCCAGGAAAUAGUUCCACUGUUAGUGCUACUUUCAGACUCAUCUUAACUGGCUCACCUCCUCCAAAAUUUUCGACACUUACAGAUGCUAUUGGCAAGUCAGUAAUGUUAGAACCAUUCGAUUUGCCAGGAAUGGUUGUAGUGCACCAAGGAGUAGAUAAAACUCUUACAGUUGGAGUCCCUCCUGCUGCUGGUGGCCCUUCCAUUUUCAACUUGGUUGCAGGAUUGGAUGGAAAGAAUGGGUCAGUAUCAUUGGAGUCACAAAGCAACAAGGGUUGCUUUGUGCAUAAUAGUAUGAGGCUCAGCUGCAAGUCACCCUCAUCAGGUCCCGAUUUUAAUCAGGCUGCUAGCUUUGUAAUGGAACAGGGACUAAGUAAGUAUCAUCCUAUCAGCUUUGUGGCAAAAGGGGCUAUGAGGAGUUUUCUUCUGCAACCAUUACUGAGCUUCCAGGAUGAAUUUUAUACUGUUUAUUUUAACAUUCAAGCUUAACAAGUUUGGUGGGAGAGUGGAAGGUUCAUUACAAUUUAACUCUUCCCUCUUUGCUACUUCUCUCAGGAGUAAGAGUUGUACAGUUGGACCUUUAUUAAUAUGUAAGACUUCUGAAGAGCAAUGAUUUUGUUUAGAUGAAUGAAGAGGAAUAAUUUUCAUAAGCCAA